AUGGUUACGUCAGGGUGGGGGGCGUGGGCCCUCUCCCCCUGUGGCCUUGUGUUGGUCAUCUGCUCAUCUAUUUGUCUGUCCCAGCAGCCUCCCAUCAAACCUGCAGACUGCAGCAGAAAGGAACACCCUGUUGUCUCUUACCAAGCGCUGAGGUCUUGGGUGUCUGAGUUCUCCCAUCCAGGGGUGAAAGAUUUCUCGCAGCUCGCCAUGGACCUGAGCAGAAACCAGCUCGUUGUAGGAGCAAGAAACUUCCUCUUUAGACUGAGUUUGAGCAACGCCUCCCUCAUACAGGCAACAGAAUGGGCACCUGAUGAAGACACGAGACGUUCAUGUCAGAGCAAAGGCAAAUCUGAGGACGAAUGUCAAAACUACAUCCGAGUUUUGCUGAUAAGUGGGAGGACCCUGUUCACGUGCGGCACCAACGCUUUCACCCCCGUCUGCAUUACCAGGCAGGUUUCUAACACCAGUCAGGUGUUGGACACGGUGAACGGCGUCGCCCGCUGUCCCUACGACCCGCGCCACAACUCCACGGCUAUGGUGACGGAAAAGGGCGAGCUGUAUGCUGCCACGGUGAUUGAUUUCUCCGGACGUGACCCAGUCAUCUACAGGAGCCUGGGGAACAUGCCGCCCCUGCGCACCGCCCAGUACAACUCCAAAUGGCUCAACGAGCCUCAUUUUGUGUCCGUUUACGAGAUCGGUCGAUUCGCCUACUUCUUCCUGAGAGAAACCGCGGUUGAGAACGACUGCGGGAAGAUGGUGUUCUCUCGGGUGGCUCGGGUCUGUAAGAACGACAUGGGCGGACGUUUUCUCCUGGAAGACACCUGGACCACCUUCAUGAAGGCCCGCCUCAACUGCUCACGCUCAGGAGAGAUCCCCUUUUACUACAACGAGCUGCAGAGCACCUUCUACCUACCGGAGCAAGACCUGAUUUACGGCAUCUUUACCACCAAUGUGAACAGCAUAUCAGCUUCUGCAGUCUGUGCCUUCAAUCUGAGCUCCAUCACCCAGGCCUUCAAUGGACCCUUCCGCUACCAGGAGAACCCUCGCACCGCUUGGCUCUCCACCCCAAACCCCAUACCCAAUUUUCAGUGUGGCACUUUGGAGGAGGGCGGGCCUGGAGGAAACCUGACAGAGCGCAGCCUCCAGGACGCCCAGCGACUCUUCCUCAUGAACGAUGUGGUCCAGCCGGUCACCAUCAACCCCCUGCUCACCCAGGACAACCUGCGAUUCUCCAAGCUGGUGGUGGACAUCGUGCAGGGCCGAGACACUCUCUAUCACGUCAUGUACAUCGGCACCGAAUACGGCACCAUCCUGAAGGCUCUCUCCACCACAAAUAAAAGCCUUCACGGCUGCUACCUGGAAGAGCUCAGGAUCCUUCCUGAGGGGAAGCUGGGACCAAUCAAGAGUCUGCAAAUCCUCCACAAUGACAGAUCAUUGUUCGUGGGGCUUGAUGACAGACUGGUGAAAAUCCCAUUAGAGCGCUGCUCCAGCUAUCCAACCGAACGUUAUUGCAUGGAGGCUCGGGACCCUUACUGUGGCUGGGAUCACAAACAGAAGCGCUGCACCACCAUCGAGGAGAGCUCCAACAUGAACCAGUGGACCCAAAACAUCACAGAAUGCCCAGUGAGGAACCUGACGCAGGAUGGUGGUUUUGGUCCGUGGGCACCGUGGCAACCUUGCAACCACGAUGACGGCGAGGGCUCCAUCAGCAGCUGUGUGUGCCGGUCCCGCUCAUGCAACGGACCGGUAGCCAGAUGUGGAGGGGUGGCAUGCAAAGGCCCGACCAUCCAGGUGGCAAACUGUUCCAGAAACGGCGGCUGGACGCCCUGGUCUUCAUGGGGUCAGUGCAGCAGCAGUUGCGGCAUCGGGUUCGAAGUGAGGCAGCGGUCCUGCAACAACCCCGCGCCUCGGCAUGGCGGUCGGAUCUGCGUCGGCCAGGGUCGAGAAGAGAGGCUGUGCAAUGAGAAAAAGCCAUGUCCCCUGCCGGUGUCGUGGACAGCGUGGGGCCCGUGGGCUCACUGCAGUGCUGAAUGUGGAGGCGGGGUCCACUCCAGGACCAGAACCUGUGAGAAUGGAAACAGCUGUCCCGGAUGUGCGACGGAGUACAAGGCCUGUAAUCUUGAAGCUUGCCCCGAGGUCCGCCGCAACACCCCCUGGACCGCCUGGAUGCCAGUGAACGUCAGUCAAGACGGGUCUCGGCAGGAGCAGAGGUUCAGGUACACCUGCCGGGCGCUGCUGCAUGACCCCCAGCAGCUCCAGCUGGGCAAGAAGAAGGUGGAGACCCGCUUCUGCCCCAACGACGGGUCGGGAGCCUGCCAGACCGACUCUCUGGUUGAAGACUUAGUGAAGACAAGUGGCCGAACUCAGUCCCAGCCCCAAGGCGCCCGCUGGGGAUCCUGGGAAACGUGGUCCAGCUGCUCCCAGCAGUGUUCCAGAGGCUUCCGAACCCGGAAGCGUAGCUGCUCGACGGCAGAGGGCAGGACCAACCCCAGCGCCUGUGUGGGAUCACCGGUGGAAUAUCAAGACUGCAACAUCCAACCCUGCCCAGUGAGCGGAGCCUGGUCGUGCUGGUCUUCCUGGUCCCAGUGCUCAUCCAGCUGUGGGGGCGGGCAUUACCAGCGGACUCGGACGUGCAGCAGCCCACCACCCGCCAACGGAGGAGACAUCUGCAUCGGCCUGCACACUGAAGAGGCUCUUUGUAACACACACACCUGUGAAGGUUGGGGUGAAUGGACGGACUGGGGGGAUUGUGACGAGGAGGGUCUGCAGCAUCGCACCCGUCGCUGUGGCGACGACGCGGAGACCGACGCCAGCCUCUGCCAGGGCAACAUCACCCAGUCCAGGCCAUGUCAGCCUCAUGAGGUGCCAGUCAUUUUACCCGGACAGGAGGACCAGAGCUGCGGAACCUUCACCUUGUUCCAGCUGGUAGCAGUGGGCUCAGCCAGUUUCUUCGCCGCGGCCCUCCUGUCCGCACUGGGCUGGACGUACUGCCACCACCUGAACCGACCGUCAGCCGAGUCCGCGGUCAUCCACCCCAGCACGCCCAACCACCUCACCUACAACAAGCAGGGCAACGCCACGCCAAAGAAUGAGAAGUACAUCCCCAUGGAGUUCAAGACGCUAAACAAGAACAAUCUCCACGUUAACGACGAGACGUGCAACCACUUCCCCUCCCCGCUGCCCUCCAGCCACAUGUUCACCACCACCUACUACCCUCCCAGCCUGAGCAAGUACGACUUCCACUCCGACUCGCCCUGCAGGACCUACAUGCACAGCUGAGAAGAGGCCCGACGACAAAACAACCCUCGUCAUCCUCCCUGACACCUCCAUGAAGCGUUACAAAAAAAUGGAACAAGGUUUAAAUCUCAUUUCCCC